CAGGCCAUCACCGAACGCUUUGGGCCGCUGGUGAGCACUCGCCUCCAGCCUGCCUGAACGGCACAGCCUUGCGACGAACCCACGAAGCUCUCGAUUGGGGCAGUUCCCCAAACACAGCCGGACAGCUUGUAGCUUCUUGCUGCGGCCAGCUCUAUUGAGCUGUCAAGGUUUCACGACAAAAUGCCUUCCGAACCUACAAAGGCCUCUAACGCAGGCAUCAUCACGGAUGAUGCCGGCGAACGCCAGAUCCCCGAGUCGAAGCGAGCGGACGGCAGCGUCCGCAAAGCCAUCAAAGUUCGCCCCGGCUAUCGCCCCCCUGAAGAUGUCGAAGUCUACAAGAACCGCACUGCCGCAGGAUUCCGUGAUCGCGCGACAAGAGGCGGUAUUCCUGGUGCGACGGGCCUGAAGGAGGAAAAGCCGGACGCCUCGUCUUCCGCCGCGAGUAAUAAGAAUGCAAAGCGUCGAGAAGCGCGAAAGAAGGCCAAGGCUACCGGCGAGGAGGAAGGGGACGAUACGAAGCAGACUGGUGGUGACGAUAAUGCUGCCAAGGCCGAAGAGGCUGACCCCGAAGUCGAGAGAGAAAAGAAGGCUCGGAAUCUUAAGAAGAAGCUGAAGCAGGCAAAGGACCUCAAGGACAAGAAGGAAGGCGGAGGGACGCUUCUGCCCGAGCAGAUCGCCAAGGUCAUCAAGAUCAACGAGCUUAUUCGCGAACUCGAUGCUUUGGGAUUUGAUGCUGAAGGAGAGCCCAAAACUGGCAAUGGGGCCGACGGAGAGUCCAAUGCGAAGGAAUCAUCCAAGGAAGCCUGAUAAUUUUCUUUGUGCUUCUGGCGUCUUUUCACUUCGAUGUUGGCUCUGCCAUGCGAUUGAUCACAGUCCAAAGCAAUCCAUCAACUUCACUGCCCUAUGUGCACCGCGUAUAUCGAACGGAUGCCUCACCUACAAA